AAAAUGAAGAAUUGCCACACUGAAAUACAAUAAAAUUCCACAUAUCAGCCGUCUCUUUCAGAGAAGAGGGAAGAUAGAGAGAAACACUAGUAAGAACUAUGGCGAGAGUGACAAAUGUUUUGCGCAGAGCUUACAAAUCAAUUGAAGAUUUGGAUUUGCUGAAAAUUUUGGAAUCUGAGCUCAACCACGAACUCUCCUCCAUGCGCUUCCAGAAUGAAAAAAUGGGUUCUUUUGGUGAUUUUGUGCUGGAGUGGGACUCUCCUAAGUCCCAAGAUGUGAUUCUGAGGAAUAAGUGUUCGUCUGGGGAGGAAGUGGCCAUCUCAGCAUUGUUAGGCCGCGACACCUUCCAUGAAGAUAGCAGGUUCCCUGCUGAAGCUUUGCUGAAAAUAUGUGUAAAAAAGCCUGGCUUGAGCUCGAUCUUGAAGUUUGAUUGUGUAGCAUCUAAUAGAGGAGGUGGCCAGCCUGAUUUUCACAUUCAGAACGCGCAUUACAUUCCAUCAUCAUCGUCUCUCAAUUCGUCAAUCUACAAAGGGCCCUCAUUCAGUGAUCUAGAUCCUCUUUUACAACAUGAGCUGAAGCAGUAUCUAGCAGCCAGAGGAAUUGAAGAGGACUUUACCAACAACCUCCUCCUCUACCUACACAAGAAAGAGCAAGGUCAAUACGCGGGCUGGUUACAAAAGCUAAAGGACAUGAUGGAUAGAACCUAAGUAAUAUAUGCUAUUGCCGAAACUUCAUUUAACACAUAUUUUCUGACAGCGUUCUCGAAAGUGGACCGUUAACAUUGCUAGUGAAUCCAUUUGCCUCGUGUCAACUUUAGCAGUCUUUUUAGAUUCACACCAAAGCAUAAAUCUCAUUGGAAGUACUCCCCUUAGAGGUCAUUCCACAAAAUAUUUGGCUUUGGGAGGAAUCAGUUAAGGAUCAUUUCUGAUUGUUGUGCAGGAAUUUCAUUAGCUAAAUCUUAACAAUCUUUCCAUAUUCUUGUUGACUUUCAUAGUAGUAAAAGGUCAAGGAAUGCAACACUAUGUGGGGUUGGCUUAGAGAUAUAGAAGUUCAUAACCGCGAUUGGGGUAGUCGUAGAGACCGGGGUAAAGAAUAUAUGCUCUUUUCAUCAUUUCUUGGAAAUUAUUGCUCUUUUUCA